CAAUCCUCCUUCCUUCUUCGGUCAUUUACAAUAGUUAAUAAAGAAGAUAAUUUGUAAAAAAAUCAAGCUAAACAGCUCAUGUUUCUAUCUUAUAUUAGGAAUCAAGUGUAGCACUAUCACAAGAGCAGAGCAGCACGGAGAAAACAGCUAAUGAAGUGUCUGACGAGCAGAUUCCAAGAGAAGUAGAUAUGGCUGAGAGCAGUAGAAAACCAGCUUAAAUUGGCACUUAAAUUGCUCUGCUAGAGAAGCUGGAUAGAGUGGCAAAAACCUUUACGAAAGAAACAAUGCACUUUGAAAGUGCUGACAAAGCAUCUGUAAUGUGGAAAGGAAUGGAGCGGGCUUAUGAGAAUGGAAAUCUCAAGACUUUGAAAAUUAUUGAUCUUUCAAGCAACAAAUUAACAGGAGUGAUCCCAGUCCAUAUAUCAGUUCUCUUCGAACUGGUUGAAUUGAACUUAUCAAGAAAUCAGUUGACAGGAAGGAUUCCUUCAGAUAUGGGGCAGAUGAGACAAUUAGAGUCACUCGAUCUGUCACUGAACCAGCUUUCAGGUCAUCUUCCCGGGAGCAUGUCCCAAUUAAAUUUUCUCAGCACUUUGAAUCUAUCGUACAACAACUUUUCAGGGAGAAUCCCAUUAUCAACCCAGAUGCAGUCCUUUGAUGCUUAUUCAUUUGUCGGGAAUCCUGCACGCUGUGGGCUUCCUCUAACAUCAACUUGCACAAAUGAUGAAAAAUCGGAGGGCAAACCAAAAAACAGAGACAUAGCUGAAUUCAGGAAAUGUUUUAAACUGGGUAUGGAACUUGGAGCAGCCGUCGGCUUUGUGGGAGUUCUGACUGUGAAGUUAGAUCAUCCAUGGAAACAUCUCUGUUUCCUGUUGUUCAACAACAUGAAGGUCCGCCUCAGCAACUUGAAGGACUGUCUUUAUUUACUUGUAGCAGCAAUUGGUUUGCUGGUGAGAGAGCAUGUAUCCAGAUUGGGAGAGGUUGGGUGGCCGACGACGCAAAGGUGAGAGAGCAGCGGCAGAGUUAGGGCGGACGGUGAAGGCUCAU